AUGGAUACAUCAGAGGAAGGGAAACGUGAGCUGUGCCCUGGCUUCCAAGACGUGGACGCCUUCGUGAAACAUGGGCUUGGGGUAGUAGUGUCAGCCACCAAAGUCUCUGCUGGCCUGCCGCAACCUGGAGAUGAGUUUGAUUUCUAUCGGAGUUUUCCUGGAUUUCGGGAGUUCUGUGAAAGUCAAGGAGACAAACUUUUGCUUAGUAUGAGUCAGAUAAUGCAACAUCACGGCUGCAGAUCUCACCUGAGGGACCAAAGUAAGCUGACUGGGCUGGAGGAGAGGUUUGAUUUGGUCGUGGAUUCAAAUGACGCCAUCCUUGAGCGAGUGGGCAUGCUCCUGGAUGAAGCCGAUGGGGUGAACAGAAGCCAGCAGCCUGUCAUGCCUGCGGGAUUUCAGCCUCCCAAGAUUGUAGUCUCCAGUUGGAAUCGCAAGGGUUCAAGUUCUAGCAAACGCUCUGAAACGUAUAAACUUCUACACGCCAAGAAUGUAGCGAGGCCACAACUGAAAUUUAAAGAGAAAAUCGACAACUCCAAUACGCCAUUUGUCCCCAAAAUCUUUAUUAAACCCAAUGCAACGAAGCCUCUUCCAUCCUAUUUCAGCAACAAACAAAUCUGUAAACAAAGACCAGAGGACCUGGAUGUACCGGCUGCACUGGCUGAUUUCAUUCAUCAGCAACGGACUCAGGAGCAUGUGGACAACAUGUUUGCACACCCUUAUCAGUAUGAAAUCGAUCAUAUUGCAUUAGCAGAGAGUCUAUUGUCAAAGCCAGAGCCUCAGAUGUACAAAGAGAUGGCAGAGACCAAAUUAACUUAUAUCGACACAUUAGAAGAAUUGGUCUCAUUGAAUGAGAAGCUCUGCAAACAGCAAGAAUUUGCUGUGGAUCUUGAGCACCAUUCCUAUCGGAGCUUCUUGGGGAUCACGUGCCUGAUGCAGAUCUCAACUAGAGACGAGGACUUCAUUAUAGAUACACUUGAACUGCGCAGUGAGAUGUACAUCCUGAAUGAAUCCUUCACAGAUCCUGCCAUUGUCAAGGUUUUCCAUGGUGCAGACUCUGACAUGGAGUGGUUACAGAGAGACUUUGGCAUAUAUGUCGUGAACCUGUUUGACACGCAUCAGGGCAGCCGUGCUUUAAACUUGGCCCGACAUUCUUUAGAGCAUCUCCUCAAGCACUUCUGCAAUGUGGACACUGACAAACGCUACCAACUCUCUGAUUGGAGAAUACGUCCGUUGCCUGAGGAGAUGGUUCUAUACGCCCGCUCAGACACCCACUACCUGCUCUAUGUCUACGACUGUGUGAGGGCUCAACUGUUGGACUUCAACCAUGGGCAGCCAGGACUUCUGCAGAGCGUUUGGAACAAGAGCAAAGACAUUUCCCUCAAGAAAUACAUGAAGCCCAUUUACACAGAGGACUCGUAUCUGGAGGUGCAGAGGAAGCAGAAAAAACCUUAUAACACACAGCAGCUCACUGCCUUCAGAUUGCUGUUUGCCUGGAGGGACAAGCUGGCCAGGCAGGAAGAUGAAAGCACUGGAUAUGUCCUGCCCUUGCACAUGAUGAACAAGAUAUCCGAGGAACUGCCAAAAGAGCCACAGGGCAUCAUCGCUUGCUGUAACCCUGUGCCCCCAUUGGUCAGGCAGCAAGUCAAUGAGCUGCAUUUAUUAGUGCAACAGGCCAGAGAAAUUCCACUCCUUAAGGCUGAAAUUAUAGCUCAAACGAACAAAGGACUUACACCAAUAAAAAAGCCAGAGGUGACUUUGUUUGGUCCACAUGAUACAUCGCGUGUCUCUGAGAGCGACAUCCCCCCGUUUAUAUCUCAUGAAUUGCCCGUCAAACAAGGAACUCUGUUUGCAGAAGAGACGAGUAUGGCUGUAGAUGUAGACAGCCUAAGCAGUCUAAUGGCCAAUCCUAAGAUUACAAUAUUUGAGGAGUUAUCAGGGAAUGAGGCUGAAGAUUUAAAUUUAGGGUCUCAAAUGAAAGCCAGGCGUAUUAUAGAGUCAUUUGAAAAUCCUUUCCGAAUGUAUUUGCCCUCAGAAGUGCAUAUCAACAAAAAUGCAAAGUUUGACCCCAACUCCAAAAUAUUUGAGAUUAGCAAACGCUGGAAGCUGCAGAGUAUUGAGCAACAACAGAAGGAACUGGAGGCCAAGAAGAAAGCCAAAGAAGAAGCAAGAAAAGUCACGGAGGAAAGGAAGAAGGCAAAAAAGAGCUACCAGGAAUCUCUGCAGGAUGUCGCCACUGUGCGCCAGCAAGCUGCGGAAUCUGGAAAAUCUGGAAAAGGAGUGGGGACGAAGAGAGAGAGGCUUCCCAGUGAGGUUGGAGAGUCUACUCCCAAAGCCAUUAAAAAACCAAAGCCUCCACAGACUGAGGCCUCGGGCGACUCCUUCACCCCGUUCGACUACAGCCAGUCACAGCUGAACGUGUUUGCCUCUGGGGCAAAACCAAAGGACGAUGCACAGUUUGACCCUUUCAGACAGGGACGUGGAUCAAAGAAAAAGUUUGCCAAGGGACCAAAAUCAAGUCCUGCUGCUGGCAAUCGUAGUAUGUCCUAUAUGCCCUCAAAGUCGAGCAGGGGCUUCAGGCACAACUGGCCAAAAAGAUAA